AUGCAGCAGCGAAAGCGGUCGAUGUUCGCCGUGGUCCUUGCAGGCGUCCUGGGGCUCGCGCUCCCGGCGCUCGCGGCACCGCUCUCGGAUGACCUGUUCGCGGCGCUCCGCGACGGCGACGCCGUGCCGCAGCGCUACAUCGUGAGCCUCAAGCCCGGCGUCGCCGCCGCCGACCACCUGGCCUGGGUGCGCGGCGUGCACCGGCGGAGCGUCGCGCGCCGCAGCACCGCCGGCCUCGAGAAGACCUUCAGCAUCGGCGACUUCCACGCCUACGCCGGCGAGUUCGACGACGAGACCCUGCGCAUCAUCCAGGCGAACGAAAACGUCCAAGCCGUGGAGCCGGACCGGAUCGCGUACAUAGCGGGCGCGGCGCCGCCAGCUCACCAGGCGGCCGGCUCGUCGUCGCGCCGAGCGGCGGCGGCGCGGGCGGCGACGGUAACGCAGACGGACGCGCCGUGGGGGCUCGCGAUGCUGUCGUCGCGGGAGGCGCUCGCGAGCGGCGGGACCCGGGGCCACGCGUACACGUACGACGCCAGCGCGGGCGAGGGCACGUGGGCGUACGUGCUCGACUCGGGCGUGCUCACGACCAACGGCGAGCUCGGCGGCCGCGCCGUCAAGGGCUACAACGCCUGGGACGGCGUCGAGUCCUUCGACGACCACUUCGGCCACGGCACCCACGUCGCUGGCACCAUCGCCGCCGAGUCCUACGGCGUCGCCAAGAAGGCCACCAUCGUCGACGUCAAGAUCGUUCGGAGCAUCGGCUACUCCACCGUCUCCCACGUCAUCGACGGCAUCAACUGGGUCGUCGCCAACGCGACGGGCACGCCGGGGCGCGCCGCCAAGUCCGUCAUCAACAUGAGCUUGGCCUUCCCCAACACGGCCGCGCUCGACAGCGCCGUCGACGCGGCGAGCGCGCUCGGGAUCCUGUCCGUCGUCAGCGCGGGCAACGACGGCGCCUCGGCCUGCACGCGGUCGCCCGCGUCCGCCGCGUCCGCCCUCACCGUCGGCGCCGUCGCCUGGGACCGCUCGCGCCCCAGCUGGAGCAACUUCGGCCCCUGCGUCGACGUCUUCGCCCCCGGCGUCAACGUCGCCUCCCUCUGGGCCACCGACGGCGUCGAGUCCGUCAACUCCGGGACCUCCAUGGCCUCCCCCCACGUCGCCGGCCUCGCCCUCUACCUCAAGGCCCUCCGCCCCGACGACACCCCCAUCCUCCUCCCCGCCACCCCCGCCGACACGAUCGCCCGCAUCCUCGACCUCGCCAUCCCUGGCGUCGUCACCAACCCCGGCGACGGGAGCCCCAACCUGUUGGCUUAUAACGGGAUUGCGUGA